UGUGUCCGGAAAAAAAGACUUGGCAAGUCUGUCUACUACUGGAGAAUAUGCAAAACAAGUCAAUUCUCCAGUAAAGCAUCUGCACUCAAAUACUUGGCUUUUCCAUUUCGUAUGGUAAGGGUGAUUGAUAAUUUCUGGCUCGUCCGCUGCUAUUGGUUUUCGAAAUCACCAAAAAGGUUACAGUGAUCCUUGGUUGCAAGUUACACUGUGUGUGGUGUCCCCUUUGCUAGCUGACUAGCUAACCAGCUAGCAGUAAUUGUCGAUAAUUUCUUAGCUGGCAGCAUAGCCAGUAUAUUCAGCCAACGAAUUAUUAGUUUUCACUGUCCGUAAUGACAUACCUUUAGCUAGUGUAAGCUAACCUUUCGUUUAGAGAUAAGAACCUGUAUGGUUUGCCGUAGCUGCUUCGCAUUUAAUCCCAUAUAGUCAUUUAAAGUGAACGUGUCACUUGUGUCAGACAAAUAACUUGCUAGUUAGUGAACCGCACGAUCAUGUAUAGUAGCUAACUAGCUGCGUUGGGUGGUUGCAGAUAGCUGUGCUUUGAUGUCUCACAAGUUGGGGACUAGCCAGUGGUUUCAUUUCAUGUAAAUUCCUGUUUAGUAAUAUGACCUUACAAGAGUCGCUGGCCACAGUGAUACACGGGCCACGUUCACUCGCAAAGCCGUGACAAUGACAGCUAGGUGUAGUAUUCCCUUUACACAGUUUUAUCAGUCUCGUAAAUGGAAAAGAAACCCCUUAGCCUAAUUAAGAAAAUUAUGUAUACACACGCACGUAGUUCUUUCUUAAGCUUAAAGGUGACAGAAUACGCUAAACAUGAUGAGAAAAAGGUAACGAGUUUACAGAAUGCAGGUCCUUACCCUUAUUUUAGUUUCUGAUUCGGACAUCAGCCUGUCGUUGCCCGAGACAUUGCCUGGGCAUGGAGGGAACUAGCUACUUUUGUCAGUACGAUCCAUGCUCGGUCUUACUUUUGAAGAUUUCCUGUUUGCAAAAUGAAGACUGAUUUGAAACCGUCCCUUUUAAACCAGUUUUUACAAUGAAACAAAGCAACACACCCGAGAUCUAAACACGUUCAGAGGUGUCCUCGGAGGCUGGUUGGGGUGGUCAUAAUGUUGUGAUUUUUCUGUGUCUUACGUUGCUGAGUUUUCCUCCAUCAGAAGAGAAGAGCGAUGAAAACUCGGUCCUCCUCACCACCGGUGCAUGUGCAUGUGGCGGAGAGCACUCCCGUUCACGUGCACGUCAAGAAGAGCCAGAGGAGCAGUUCCGCCAAGACACCCCAGAAGAAGGCCCAGGAGGCGAACAUGAGGGGGGAUGCGGGGAACCUGCGAGCCACAGCCCAGGUGAAGACCCGGGUGCCGUGGAUACCACCCGGCAAGACCUCCACUCGGGAAGCAACGUACAAGUGGGAGGGACCCACACACCGUCUGGAGAUCACACCACUGUCUGAGCCUGACCCCUCCCAGUCUCCGCUGCGGUUGGCCGAUCUCUCCACCGAUGAAGAGGAGGCGCUGCAUGGACGAAUCAACCAGUACGAGAGAAAGAUCGACAGCCUGAUGACAGAGGUCAGCUCACUGAAGAAUGAGGUGGAGCUGAAGAAGAAGGAACAGUUGCUGGAGCGUCAGUCGGAGCAGCUCAACGCCUCCCAGCGCGUCAUCGCUGAGCAGAAGGAGGAGCUGGCCGAGGUCACCAAGGAGCUGGAGGUGACAGAGCGCGAGAACUCCCGCCUCCGUCACUCCAUGGAGAAGAUGCAAGAGGAGACUGACUAUAGCAGGCUGGAGAGGGAAGCGCUGCUUCAGGAGAAGGACGCCCUCUUGAGGAAGCUGCUGGAAGUGGAGAUGGAUGGGGCGGCUGCUUCCAGGCAGGUGGCAGCCCUGCGAGAGGCCGUGGGCAGGAUGAGAACUGAGAGGCAGGUGUCUGGUUCAGACGCCACCCAACUGGCUCGGCAGAAGGAGCUUCUGCUGCAAAAGCUGGAGACAUUCGAAGAGACCAACCGCACUCUCCGACGCCUGCUGAGAGAGCACCACGGGCGUGAGAUGGACACAACACGGCUGUCGGAGCAAAAGGAAGUACUCCUGAAGAAGCUGGGGGACACAGAGGCACAGAACACGCUGCUUCUGAUGAAGCUGCAGGAAAAAGAGAAAGAGGUGGAUGAGCUUGCACUGCUGUUGGAGACUGAGAGGGAGAAUGCGAAGACCACAGGUGAGCUGUCCAAGGUCCUGGAGUCGACCCGCGCUCACCUGCAGGGCCAGCUGCGCAGCAAAGAGGCAGAGAACAACCGCUUGUCUGUGCAGAUCCGGAACCUGGAGCGGGCGGCGAGCCAGCAGCAGGGGGAGAUGGACCACCUGCUGGGGCAGCUCCGGCAGCUGAAGCAGCAGAGCGACGCGGAUAAGGAGGCCCUGAAGCGGGCGACGCGGGUGCAGAAGGAGCGGGCGGAGCGCAGUGAGGACGCAGCAGGGCAGCUCACCGCUCAGCUGCUGGAGAAGGAGGCCCAGUUGGCUGAUGCCCUGUCUGCAGCAGAAACCCUCCAUAGCCGCCAUUCUCAGGAAAUGAAGGAGAAAAGCCAACUGGAGGUUGAAGUGACCGUCUUGAACAGUCGAGUGUCCGACCUUACGGAGCAGCUGCACAGUGUGGAGGACAAGGCUCGGGGCGAGAGGGAAGGCCUUCUGGAUCGGCUCCACGCCCUCACCUCCGACAGCACUGCCCUCAGACUGGAGAACCAGAGCCUCAAGGCCACGCUGUCAGCUGUGGAGGAGAAGCUGGGUUUGUCUCAGUCUGAGCUGCAACAGGUGAAGAGCUCAGUGAUGCAGUAUGAGAGUCUGGUGGACAGCUACAAGAGCCAGGCGCAGAAGUUGCGGGCGGAGGCGGAUGUGUACAGCCUGAAGCUGCAGCGUGCGGAGCAGGAGGCGGCAGCGGUGAGGGAGGAGGUGGAGCGGGAGGUGGAGGCGGUGCGGACGCAGUUGCUGGCUCGGCUGGCGGAGCUGGAGCCGCUGCCCGAGGCACUGAGGCGAUCCGAGCUGCAGCUGCAGGAGGCGCAGGAGCGCGAGCGCGCCCAGGAGAGGAGGAACGCCGAGCUGAGCAGCACACUCACCGAGCUGCGCCUCAAGGUGGAGCAGCAGGCCAGCCAGGUGGAGGCAGUGCGGGAGAAGAAUGUGGUGCUGCUGGAGGAGAACAAGCAGCUGCAGCACAGAGUGGAGAGCCUCGACCGGAAGCUAGCGGAGGCCAACUCCCAGAAUAGAGACCUGGUGCAGGUGGUCGCCAAGCGAGAGGAGACGAUACAUGGCAACCAGCUGCGCCUGGAGGAGAAGUCGCGUGAGUGCUCUGCUCUCGCCCGCCAGCUGGAAGAGGCGCUGGAGGAUGCGCGGCGCCAGAUAUCUCAGACCAGAGAGCGAGCCGCCAAUAAGGAGCGCACAACCCAAUCCAAGGUUCUGGACCUGGAGACACAGUUAAGCCGAACCAAAACUGAACUGAGCCAGCUACGACGGGACAAAGACGAUGCAGAGCGGCGGUACCAGAGCCGGCUGCAGGAUGUAAGGGAUCGGCUGGAGCAGUCGGACAGCACCAACCGCAGCUUGCAGAGCUACGUGCAGUUCCUCAAGACCUCCUACGCCAACGUGUUCGGGGACUCCGCCCUCACCAGCUCCACACUGCGAGCUCCCUCUCCUGUCUGAGCACAUGUUGCCUGCAUCCCAGUUUGCUUCCCCCAUAACCCCACCAAUGCACCCCAAACCCAGUAUGCUUCUGCUACUACCCUGACCCAGUCCGAGUGAUGUCUUACUGUGUAAUGCGUAACUUAAAAAUAUCAUAAAAUGCCUGCUAAUAUUCUCCUAAUCAACUCUAGUCCCUCCCAUCAUUUGUCUACAGAGUUCUACAGCUGUUAACUGGGUUCCUCUGCUAAAGCAGAGCCUAUGCCAGGUUUUCUUAGUCAGUAGUAAUUUCCAAAUUCUGAUUCUGCAUCUCAUUCAGGUGAAGUCCGUGACAGUUAUUUAUACAAUAAUCACAUUUG